AUGAAACAUAAAUGCACAAGAACGGCAACUGCCAAUACUGAAUGUGUCAUUGUUUCUGAAUUCUACUCACAGGAGACCUCAGAAGUUUUAGAACGAAAGAUUUCAAUGCGAAAGCCAAGAGAGGAGCUCAUUAAAAGAGGGGUUCUGUUGGAAGAUGUUGAACAGGAUGCAGAAGAGCCAGAGAAGCUAAUUCACGCCACUUUGAAAAAUGGACACACCAUUCCCGUUGACUAUUCCGGAAUCGUCAACCUUACACACUUGGAGGAAGAAACCGGAAAAAGAUUGAGCCUUAAGAAAUCCAGUCCCCCUGAAGAGCCAAAGAAAUUGCAGGGACUUUACAUCACUCACCCCAAUUCAGAAACGGAGCCCCAUCCUGUGCCCCUUGGUCCCAAGCAGCCGCUGCUUCCUCCAAAGCGACCAUUGUCAUCCUCUUCACAGGAGACGAGUGAUCUGCCAACAAGGGAAUUUGGCCUUGGCAACAGCAGCACAAGGACAGUGUCUUAUUCCACAGCUGCAGCUGCCACCAGCACAACAAAAGGGGGCACUGCUCCUACCCCUGCACCCCGGACUCUGCUCCCUGCUCCCACAAGUGGCCACGCUUCGGCCAUCAAUACUAGCAAUGCCACCCCGACCAAGCAGCCCCCUGUGCCACCACCCAAGCCUAUUAAUAGGAAUAGCAACCCCUUAAUAGCUGAACUAUCUCAGGUGAUUAACAGUGGCGCCCCGUUGCUGAAGCCUUCACCGCCUCUGCCUCCCAAGAGGGGCCUUCCGCUGAAUGUACCUUCCUUGCUAGAAUCGGCCAUUGCUCCCAAAUCCCCAACUGAGAGGGUCAUGUCCUCAUCCUACGCUUCCUCGCUACCUCCACAUAUGAUCUCAAGUCUCCCUCCCGGUGUUCCUUCACCUUCCCUGCCUUCUCACAUUCCGUCGGAACCCCCCAGCGCUCCGUUGCCCGCCUCCCUCUACGGAGCGGAGGCUCCCUUUUCUACAGAACUACGGAUGGACAGUCAACAAGAAGGUCUCUCCGUGAUGGAUCCAGCCAAGAGAUUGGCCGAGCUGGGAUAUGGAGAACCUCAAGGGCUUCCUCGGUUGUCCCAGGUCCCGCUGCACAUCCGCAUCCAGCAGGCGUUGAGUAGCCCUUUGCCAGCAACCCCGCCGGCCGAAGGCUCACACAGGGCUCACUCGUUGCUCUUUGAAAACGAUGGCUCCAGCGAGGAUAAUGGAACAGUAGGCAGGACCAGAUCUCUGCCUGUGACUAUCGAGCUGCUGAAAGUUCCAGACGAUGAAGAAGAAGAAGAAGAAGAAGAGGAAGAUGGCUCAGGAGAUGCAUGUCCUUCCAAUCACCAUGUGUACAUUGGAGAGGCCCCAAUGGUUGCAGUUAUUCCCAGGCUGAUCCUGCAAACGGUGCAGGAUGAAGACGAGGGACCGAGCGAUUCGGAUUCUGAGGGACCCAUUUUGUACAGGGAGGAAGAAGAGGAGGAAGAAGAUGAAGACGAAAGCCACAACACGGCCCUGGCCAAUAAAGUCAAGAGGAAAGACACCUUGGCUAUAAAAUUGGGAAACAUGGCUCCCCGGCAGGAAUUGCCAAGAGAGAGCACCUUUCCUCGGAAGAGCAAGGAAGAGUGGAAUGAAAUCCGACAGCAGAUUGGGACAACGCUAAUCAGGCGAUUAAGCCAGAGACCAACGGCAGAAGAACUGGAGCAAAGGAACAUACUUCAGCCAAAAAAUGAGGCUGACCGACAGGCUGAGAUGAGGGAAAUAAAAAGGAGGCUCACUCGAAAGCUUAGCCAAAGGCCUACAGUGGCUGAACUGCAGGCCAGAAAGAUCCUGAGGUUUAAUGAAUAUGUGGAAGUAACCGAUGCCCAUGAUUAUGACAGGAGAGCAGACAAGCCGUGGACAAAACUCACUCCUGCUGACAAGGCUGCCAUCCGGAAGGAGCUGAACGAAUUCAAGAGCUCAGAGAUGGAAGUGCACGAAGAGAGCAAGCAGUUCACUCGAUAUCAUCGGCCUUGAGGUUUUUUUAAAAAAAAAAGAAAAGAAAAGCAGCAAGAAGCACGAUCAGUCACUGGAAGAAAAGCGAACUAGCCGUGUUUGUCAUUUCCUGUCUCACAAAUUGAAGAGAAAUCUUGAGGCUUGUCUGAGAUUAGCCUUCAUUCACAUAUCCAGAAGAAAAGUUUCUCUUCGCCAGGAAACGGGCCAGGGAUGGGAACGCCCUUGUCCCAAAGUUAGCAUUUCAUUGAAAGGAAAUUUGUCACAAGUGCCAUGAGAUCACACAGCGGGGCAAGUCGCGAUCGAAAGCAUUAUACCUCAGAUAUACGGCAAUACAAACAGAUGAUGCCCCUUGGCUCCUUAUCUUCUGCCUAAUUCUGAACCGUUUUAUGUCCUGAUCUCAACGACAAGCGAGACUAUUGGAGCUAUGGAAUGAGAAGCGUGCACGUACCUAUAUUAUGCUGUACCCAGAAGAAACUUUUAACUGACGCAUUACUGGAGAUUUGGGAAAGGUGCUUAUGGGCUUUUUUUUUUUUUUUUUUUUGUGGAGUUAUUAAUUUGCAGAAUCACUACUGACCAAUCAUAUGUUGUCUAGCGGAAGAAUUGUUGAGCUCUAACAUGGCACAUGCUGCAUCUUGGGGGUGGGGGGAAUGGGGGGAAACGUAACAUUAAAAAAACAAAAACAACGGAUAGCAAGAAGCUUCCUUUGACACUCAAAUUUGCUGUAAAGCUAAGAGGCCGAAUUUUCUGUGGGAAGGGGAUGCACCUUUAGGCCUGUUUAACAGGACACUGCAAAGCCUGAAAUGAGUUGCCUUGAAGAAGCAGAUGACGUGGAAUAUACUGUAUUUUUUAAAAAAAACGUGACUUUUUUUCUUUUUUCUUUUUUUAAAAAAAAGCAACUUCCUGAAACGAAUGUGGAACUUGCCUUUUUCUUAGAUUUGUAGCAAAACGUAACUGAAAACGUAAAUGAUUCGCAAAGGGCUUAAACCCAACUUUUAAAGGAAAGGAAAGAUGGCAUGGCAUUAAAUUGAUUUUUUUAAUGGAAUGGUUCUGAACGGCGUAUCACUGGCCACAUCCGAGAUGCGUGUCCUAUGACGUUGGAGUGAGGAGAUGUGUGUGUGCGUGUGGGGGGGGGGGGGAAAUGCAGAAACAGGAAUUUGGACAUGUAUUAGACGUGGGUUCUGUGUUUCGAGCAUUGGUUUGGAGGCACAUCUCUUUACACAUCUGUAAAAGGUCACACGUGUGUAGAAGCUUAUGGAGAGAUGCAUGUAGGCUGGAGCAGGGGUCUCCAACCUUGACAACUUUAAGACUUGUGGACUUUAACUCCCAGAGUUCCUCUUCCGGGAGUUGAAGUCCACAAGCCUUAAAAGUUGCCAAGGUUGGGCUGGAGGCUGAUAUUGCUGUGCUUCCUCAAAUCCAGAAGACCUCUUUUUUUUUUUUUUUUUUGCUGCUACUUUUGUAACUACACACCUUUUUGGGAGAAGGAUGACCCAGACACAAAAGGGCAGGAUUCAGAUAUCUUAAAAACAUUGUGCAGGAGACUCUGCAGUCAAUUGGGUGCAAUCUUCUUGAAUAAGCCCCCUUCUGACUGAUUUCAGUGGCGAUUAAGGGCAGCUGACAGCUUAGGCUGGAUCCUUCUUAUCUUUUCACAAGGAUAAGGUAAAGCUUAUGAAUAGUGGAGUUUUUUCUUUCCAAGAAACGGUCCUCCUGAUGGGUGAGUCUGGGGGAAACGCAAGGCAUGGCAAGUUUGCCUUCAACGCCCUCUACUACUUUCAUCCCAGCCUUUCUCGCGUUCCUGUGAAGGGAGGGGAAUGUGGCCUCGUCUUUGUAAGGAGCAAUUUUUCUUACAAGGCAAAGAGGAAAGCUUUUGGUGCGGAUUGUGGGAUAAGUGCCAGUGUGCCCUUCCAUCUGAGCAAUUUUUUUUUCCAUGAUGUAUAAAAUCUCUAUUAAGGAAAUCAUUGUGUUGUCUUCCUAUCAACAAGAUUGUAUGAAAUAAAUUUUUUUUAGGAAAAAAAAACAA